AUGAGCGAUUCGGAAGAAAAAUCUGCCACUGCUGGUGCCAGCAAGGAAGAUGACUCCAAGAAAGUUGACGAAAAAAAUGGAGAAUUUAUAAGGCUCAAAGUUAUGGGACAGGAUCAGAGUGAGGUCCAUUUUAAAGUCAAGAUGACUACAAAAAUGAGCAAAUUAAAAAAAUCUUAUUCCGAGAGACAAGGGGUGCCUAUAGGGUACCUAAGAUUCCUGUUUGAUGGCAGAAGGUUGAAUGAUGAUGAGACACCAAAGCAGCUCGGUAUGACAGAUGAAGAUGUGAUUGAGGUGUAUCAGGAGCAAGUCGGGGGCUCCAUGUCUUGA